AUGAAAGAGUUCCCCCUAUUCGCUUCCGCGCACCCCGCCGCUGCCCCUUCCGCUUCCGCCGACGGCUCCGCCAUGGCGGGCGCGCCAGCUCCGCCGGUGUCGUCGACGAAAGCGGAGGCGUUCGCGAGCCUGUCGAUUCUGCUGCAAAUCGCCAUGCUCAUGGUCGCAUUCGUCGUCGGACACAUCCUGCGACGUCGCAAGGUGUACUACAUCCACGAGGGCAGCGCCGCCCUGCUAAUCGGCCUCGUGGUGGGCUCCGUGGGCAACUGGCGAGGCACCCAGGAGAGCUUCAGGGAGUGGCUUGGAUUCAAGGAAGAGAUUUUCAUGCUCUUUCUCCUUCCGCCGAUCAUAUUAUAUCCGCCCAAUCUUCCUUCCGGCCUAACCUCUUUUCUUUUUCUUCCUCUUUUUACUCUCCUCCAUUGA